AUGGAGAGAAACUAUACCGCCGCAGUCCGCGCCAUAAACGCCGACUCGCGGAAACGCCAUCGCUCGCAACUGGAAGUGGUGAUCCCCUGUCCACCUCCGAAACCCGACAAGGGUUCGGAGGAUUUUAUCUCUCUAAAUUUCGAGAGUGAGUAUGAGGAUGGGAGUGAUGGUGAUGAUGAGAGCGGUGAUGAUGAUCGUGAUAAGGCGGACAAUGCCGAGUACUCUCUCAGCGAGGAUCUAAAAACUACGCAGACUAGCAUGUCGGAGGAGGACAAAAGAGAUGAAUCUGAAGGUGGGAUUUCCGAAAGGACUAGGUUCAAGAGGAGAAGAAAGGGUCGGUCUGACAGGAAGGAUGGCGCGGUUGAGGGGGGAGAAGUGGGGGAAGAGGCUAUGAAAGCCGUUGCUAGGAGCGAGGGAUUUGUCGCUGCUAACCGGAGCGAGGGAUUUGUCGCUGCUAACCGGAGCGUUGGCCAGGGUGCGUCGACCGUGACUAUAGAGAUUAAGUCUUCCUCUUCGUCCCCUUCUGGAGGCGCAUAUCAACACGAGGACGAUGAGGACAAAGACUCUGCAACCCGCAAGGCCCAACAGCAACGCCAGCAAAAACCCGAAUCUACCGCUGCGCCCUUCUCCUCCUGUUCGGCCAUCACCGCGACCGGUCCCCUCUCACUUCCCUCUUCAACACAGACUCGUGCCGCUGGCUCAAGCACAAACGCAACAUCCUCUUCCCCAAACCCGAAACCACAAUCGGUAACGAAAGGGAGCCCAGCUGACAUCCCCCAAGGGCGUGAGGACCUCUCAUCCAAGGUUGUGUGGAAACUUGCCAAAAAGCGGGAGCGCAAGGAAAGACGUCGCGUGGAACGCACCUGCCGCAAGGCCGCCCUUAAGCAGAAGAAGGCUUCAAUAGGUCAUCCGCGCGUGGGUAGCUUUGGCAGUGUUCCCUCUGAUAUCAAUGCAGCAAGGGAAAAAGAGAAGGAGGAUGAGGGGUUGGAAAUUAACCUCGCGCUGGAGGAGGAGGGGGGGGGACUAGUCGGGGCUAAGGAAGAGGAGGAAGAAGAGGAUUACAUUUCGCUUUCAAUUACUAAGGCCCCAAUAUUUACUACUGACAGGCGCGGUAUCCCUUCCUCAGACUCCUCCAGCCUCUCUUCCUCUCUAUCCCCCUUUCCCGCAACCGCCUCCGCCAUUCAUAGCAGUGGUAACAGUGACAGCGAGCAUGGCAAACACCGCGAAUCGCCAAUACUCAUUGAUCAUAAAACCGCAAUGUUCCAACUGCGCUAUUACUCCACUACCGCCCCGCCCCUGUUCGUCCACGAAGAGUCCAGACCGCUUUUCGCGCCUACGAAAGGUAUUACGGCAGCUAGCUUUCGCCUUGAUACGGGGCGCUUUGAGGAACCGGAGGGCCCUGGCAAAGGGAUUACCAUGGAAACAAUUGUGUGCGAUGUUUGUUUGGGCAUUGGGCAUGCGGGGUGGGCUUGCCGGUUGUUAAAGGUUUUUCUUCCCACCCCUGGGGAUAAGGCAGAUGGCAAGGGAGAAGGGCUAACAAUAAGGCGGGAAUCGUACAGUGCGAGCAUUGCGGCGCUUGGGAUAAGCAUUUCUCCAAUGCGUGCCCGGAGCUUCCGACGGGCGAGAUAUCGCUUAAAGAUUAUGUAUGCCUGACUUGCCCCCCUUCCCCCCUUCUAUUCAACCCAGUCAAUUGACCCCUCUCACAGAACUGGCGUAAAUUCCCCCAAGCAGCCCCCUCCCCCUCCCAACCAACAACCACAACUGCUGCCCGAACUUCCCCCACCUCCCUCCACCCCAUAAGGGCCAACUGCUACCACUGCUCGGGCACCGAGCAUUUCGGCGACGACUGCCCCUUUCUCCCGCCGCUCUCGCACCCUGGCAUAUUCUCCCUCUCCGGCAUUAACGACGGCGACUAUGCGUCGCAGGAAUGGCUCUGCGAGAAGCAGGACCUCCUGGCAGAGCUCGAGGGCAAGAGGAAGAAACCAGUCUACGGCCGUGCCAUAAGGCCCGGGGAUUAUGGUACGAGUGAGGAAUUCGAUCCGUUCGGGGAGUAUAGGGCGCUAGAGAGGGAGAGGGAUAGGGACGGGAGGAGGGAUGUUGGCGGGGGCGGCGAAAUGAUGAUGGGGCGGAGAAGGCCCGGGGAAAGAAGUCCCCCACAUCGCCGUGGUGGGUAUUCAGAAUUUGAUCGAUAUAGGGAUCGGGAGAGAGAUCGAGACUGGGAGCGCGAUAGGGGUAGGGACUGGUGUAAUCGAAGAUCUAGAAGUCCACCCAUUAGACGUGCCACCGGCGUUUACUAUUCAUCCUCCUCUACUACUUCCGGCCCAAACGCCGGAUACAGAGAUCGAGUAG